AUGGCAGAGUUGAUUGCCUACGGGCUGUAUCCGGACCGUCCCAGGCUCGUCUCGCGCGCAAAAUCUUCAAAUGCACUCGCUGAGAUGGCUGCCGCCGUCGUCCAGGGCCCUGCUGCCCGCCGCUCCCUCGACAGGAACCGAGACAGGCCCGAGAACUCGCUUUCUACCCUCCGUGACCCCAGAGUCGCCAGCACCUCCGACCUCUCGCGCACCCGCUCCGCCUCCACCGCCGCCUCGCACCACCCCGACCUCAGCAACGAGGUAGCCAAUCUCAGCGACAAGCUCAUCCAGGCCAUCAACCACCAGACCUUCCUCGACGACAGCCUCGCCGUCGCCCGUCAGGAGCUCGAGGAGGAGCGCAGGCGCAGGACAACCGUCGAGAGGGAGAAAAAGGGCAUCGAGACCGAGCUCGAGAACCUCACGGCCGCCCUCUUCGAAGAGGCCAACAAGCAGACACGACGACCAGGACUCGGCCACUCCUCCACCUCCAUCAGCUCGCCCUCCGACCCCUUCCCCGAGCAGCAGUCCGGCGGCGGCAACAACAGCAGCAUCAGCCGUCUCUUCGAGGCCAUGAACCUCUCGCCCGUCACCCCCGGCUCGGACGACAUACCGCCCGCUCCGCCCACGAGCUUCACCCACCUCAUCAAGCCCGUCUGCAGGACCGACAUCCUCGCCUACGAGGACUUCAACACCCUCCUCCAGCUCUCUCGCUCGAAACCGCCCAGCCGCGUGGGCAGCGGCUCCUACAGCGGCCUCAAUGUCAUGAACCUCGCCAACCUCGCCUCUGCUCGCCCAAAGUCCACCACCCACACUCCCUCAAACUCCCAGGACACCAAGAACGGCAACAACAACAGCAGCAACAGCCCGGCAAGGACCACCUCUUCUGCCUCCUCCCCUUCUCCAUCGUCCCACGGCGGCAUCUCCUCCUCGCCCCGGGAGAACAUCACCUCCUCCAUGCAGCUCAAGGAGACACGCUUCUACAAACGCAUCCUCGCAGAGGACAUCGAGCCCACCCUCCGUCUCGACAUGGCUCCCGGCAUAUCGUGGCUCACCCGCCGCUCCGUCAUGAGCAGCCUCGUCGACGGCGAGCUCAUCAUCGAACCCAUACCCGCCGCCCCUGCCGGCUCGAGCUCAGACCUCCCGUCUCCUCCCUCCACCCCGUCCAGCAUGUCCAGCACCACCGUCCCCUGUGCCCUCUGCGGCGACCGCCGCCUCUCGGUCAACCCGCGCACCCACCGUUUCCGCACGUCGAGCUCGGACUCGGCUCCUCGCCACCCGCUCUGCGCCCUCUGCCUGGAGAAGAUGCGCUCCUGCUGUGAGUUCGUCGGCUAUCUCCGCCUGGUGGUCGACGGCCAUGUCAGGACCGGCGGAGGCGGAGAGGCAGAGAUCAGGGAGAGGGAGAGAGAGGCCUGGGAGGAGACCGUCCGCCUGAGAGAGAGGAUCUUCUGGGCCCGUAUCGGCGGAGGAGUCGUCCCGGCUUUUGUAGCAGGCAGCAAAGAAGGAUGUCGACCAGGCUCAGCCUGA